AUGGUCGUGUUAUGCCUCGAUUCGGGGUGUGACAAUGGAUUAAAACAAGCUCUAAAAGUGUGGAAUUUCAAAAUUGAUGAUCAUUUACUGAAGUUAGGAUUCAAGAAAAGCCUCAAUGAAGCAACAUUGUACAUUAAAGUUUUUAACAGUAAUGAUAUGUUGAUUAUUUCUUCGUAUGUUAAUGAUUUUUUGGUGACAGGUAGCAAAUCAGCUCUUGUGGAGGAUUUUAAGCUCCAAAUGCAGAAAAUUUUUGAAAUGACAGAUAUGGGAGAAAUGUCUUAUUUUCUUGGAAUGGAGAUUCAUCAAUACCAGCAAGGAAUCUUUAUUUGUCAAAGAAAAUAUGCAAAUGAAAUCUUGAAUAAGUUUGGGAUGGAAAAUUGCAAACCAGUCAACACUCUUUUGACUCAAAAUGAGAAACUUAUUAAGGAAGAUAGAGCUAACAAAGUUGAUGGUUCUAUUUAUAGAAGCUUGGUUGGUUGCUUAUUGUAUUUGACAGCAACAAGGCCAGACAUCAUGUAUGUUGCAAAUUUACUCUUUAGGUUCAUGCAAAAUCCUAGUGAGUUGCAUUUUAAAGCUGCAAAAAGAGUGUUGAGAUAUGUCAAAGGAACCAAUGAACUUGGAAUUUGGUUCAAGAAAAAUGAAAGUUCAAGAUUGGUUGGAUUCAUAGACAAUGACUGGGCUGGCUCCCAUGAAGACAUGAAAAGCAUUUCAGGCUAUGUGUUUUUCAUUGGAUUAAAUGUGUUCAGCUGGAAUUCAAAGAAACAAGGAACUGUGGCUCAAUCAACAGCAGAAGCAGAGUAUAUUGUUGCUACAGCUGUUGUUAAUCAAGCAAUUUGGCUAAGGAAAAUUUUGAUGGAUUUGAGUCAAAAGCAAGAUGAUCCAACAAAAAUUUUUGUGAUAAUCAGUCAGUAG